GGCGGUUUGAUGAUUUUCACGAACAGGAAAAUGGUCGGGAAGUCCCUGAUUGCUGGUGUGGUGGUCCUUCUGGUGGCCACCGUGAGCCUGUUCUUGGGGGUCUUCAUGGGCUUAGGGAGGAAAAACGCGCCUCCCCCCUCAGACUACUUCUACUCAAAGGCCGCCGUGGCUGCUGAUGCGGGAAAGUGCUCAGAAGUGGGGAGGGACAUUUUGAAGAGAAAUGGCUCAGCUGUGGAUGCUUCCAUCGCCGCCCUGCUAUGUGUCGGCCUUUUGAAUGCUCACAGCAUGGGCAUCGGGGGAGGGCUCUACUUUAUAAUAUAUAAUGCUUCCACAGGGAUGGUGGAAACGAUAGAUGCGAGGGAGACAGCGCCCAUGAACGCCACUGAAGACAUGUUUGGCAACAACACUAAACUCUCUCGCACAGGUGGAUUAUCCAUAGCGAUCCCAGGAGAGAUCCGAGGUUACGAGAUGGCACACAAACGGCACGGCAGGCUUCCCUGGAAGGAGCUGUUUGAGCCCAGCAUCGCUCUGGCUCGGGACGGUUUCCCCAUCGGGAAGGCUCUGGCUCACGCCAUAUUUAAGAGCAAAGAAUCCAUUCAAGGAGAUGCCAACAUGUGUGAGGUGUUCUGUGAUUCUGAAAAGAGAAUCCUGAAAGAAAAUGAUAUUGUUAAAUUCCCAAAGCUGGCUGAGACGUAUCAGAGGAUAGCGGACGAGGGGCCUGAUGUGUUUUAUAACGGGACCAUGGCACAGAGCAUCGUGGAGGACAUCCAGGCGGCAGGUGGCAUCAUCACGCUCGAUGACUUGCUGGAGUACCAGCCUGUGCUGAACGAGAAUCCUCUGAAGCUGAACGUUGGGGAAUACACCAUCCACGUUCCAGACGCCCCCUCCAGCGGGCCAGUGCUGGCACUCAUUCUCAACAUAGUGGACGGGUACAACUUCACGGACACAAGUGUCUCAACAGCCGAGAAAAAAACUCUGACCUACCAUCGCAUCGUCGAGGCUUUUCGCUUCGCCUACGCCAAGAGAAGCAGACUGGGCGACCCCCGGUACCUCAACAUUACUGAUCUGAUCCACAACAUGACCUCAGACUACUUUGCUGACGGCAUACGGAGUAAAAUUACGGAUGACACAACCCACCCAGAUAACUACUAUGAGCCAGAGUAUUUUGUUCCAGAAAACCACGGCACAGCUCACCUGUCUGUCAUAGCAGAGGACGGAAGUGCAGUCGCUGCCACCAGCACCAUUAAUCUAUACUUUGGGUCUAAAGUCAUGUCUCGGUCCACGGGAAUCAUUUUCAACGAUGAAAUGGACGACUUCAGCUCUCCGUACAUGACCAAUGGAUUUGGGAUCCCGCCGUCACCCAACAACUUCAUACAGCCAGGUAAAAGACCUCUGUCCUCAAUGUGUCCAACAAUCAUCUUUGACAAAGACAACAGAGUGAAGAUGGUCGUAGGAGCAUCUGGAGGCACAAAAAUCACCACGGCUACUGCUCUGGUUAUCCUCAACUCCCUUUUCUUCAACUAUGACCUAAAAAAAGCUGUGAUGGAGCCGCGAGUUCACAAUCAGCUCAACCCCAACAUGACGGUGGUGGAGCAGGGCUUCGAAAAGAGCGUCCUGGAGGGGCUGGAACAGAAGAACCAUGUGACCCAAACACUGAGGACUCCGGACUCCGUGGUCCAGGCCGUGGUUCGGCAGGGAGAGCGUCUCUGCGCGGAGUCCGACCCCCGGAAAGGAGGCUAUCCAGCCGGAUACUGAGCCUGUCCGGUUUCCCUCAGUGAUCAGUUUCCACAGAGACUCUGACAGAAACAGGAAACUAUGUUUACACUACAGAGACGCCUCUCCUCCGCUGCAGGAACAUGGGAACGGACUCAGUCCUAAGACCUGUUUUUCGGCAAAACUUCUCCUUACAUAAAUUAUUUUUGUGUGUGUUUUAAAGUAAAGUAAGACGUCGUGGCCAGUAUAACUCUCGGAUGCUGGUCAGGAAAAGAAAUUUUUAGGGAUUUAAGCAGAAGCCAAAGGUUCCAAGUGGAUCUAUUUUUAGCUGGACAACCACUGAUGAAGCAACGCAGCUGUAUUUCCAACAAACGCCUGAUGAAACCAAUGUCAACUUUUGGCAAGUUGUCAAUGCGGCGUUUUAACCUGUUUUGCAAUAUAAUAAUAAAAAGUAAUUCUACUGUAACUUAUGACACUGGAAAAGAGGACUACAGGUAAAACGCUGCAGCGCCAGCAGGUAUGAUGAGUUCAGAGCGAGGACUUCUCAGGUGGCUCCGCCUCGAACCAAACCGGAAGCUCAACUUGUUUUCUACUCCACAGUGAAAUUGUUAUUUCUUCAUGUUUAAUAUCGUAGAGAGGUUAAGUGAAUGUAUAGCAUCUUCCGAAAUAAGAAAACAUUUGCAGAUAUAUUUUUCUAAACAUGCAUUGUUCCUAUGCUAUGUUUUGUUGCCAUGCUUGUUAUUAAAACAUCGAGAAACAGAAAUGUGUGUCUCAUGUGAGAGCUGAAGGAAAGCGGAGACUGCAUUUCACCCUGAAGGCAUCACCAAAUCAUUUUGACACUAUUUUCACUCCAUACACCACCACCAUGGGACAGAGAAGUUUGAGACACGCAACACACCCGUAACAUC